AUGAUUUGUAACGACGAAUCCGAACGCAUGGCAAUCGCGUAUGACUGCGCGAUAAUGCUGGAAUAUGAACAAAUGUGUGGUAGAACGCCAUCCAAGUUCUACCAUGACCUGAAAAUUCUUGCCACCCCCUUGACUCCGGAUGAUUUCAUCCUCAUGUUCUGGGAGAAGAAAUUACCGGUGUUUGUGCAAGAUGUCCUGGCCGCCGUGCAGGACAGGAAUGUCGAAAAGCGAAUCCAGAUCGCUGAUUUUAUAUACGAGAGUGACCCGGAAUCAGAACAGGUUGUCAUGGUCAACGCAGAACAAACAACUGCGGUAACCGAUCAACCUGCACAAAAAGUUGAAGCAAGCAAUCCCUUUGCCGUUGCCAUCGACGACAUGAGCGAACAGAUAGCCCAACUAGAAACGAAAAUGAGAGGGCUGAGCCUCUAUAGGACUCGCCCUGCACGAAGACGAAUCCGGAGUCAUCGUAAAUCGAAUUUGAGAAACCGACUACUGCAGCUCGGUUUAUGUUAUUAUCAUGCUACAUAUCAGCAGCACGCGAAAAAGUGCCGCUUCCCGUGCGCUUGGAGUACGGAAAAUAAAACGAGACGUACCAAAAGUCAGAUCAUUCCACGCUACAUGACAAUGAACAUUUAG